AUGGAAGCCACCAGGGUUUGCAGCCCCUGCCGCCUGUCCCGCUGGUUGUUCCAGAAGCUUCCUUCUGGGUCCCAGGAGGGGGCUGCAGUCACGGGGCUCUACCUGGCCUUAAGGACAGGAGUCCGGGCACCAACGGUGGCCAUGGGGACAGCGAUGCUGGGCGCUGUGCUGCUGCUGCCCCUGUCCCUGCAGCUGGCCCGGGCAUCCCAGCCUUGGGAUGCUCCCGCGAUGGUGGUGGCAGCAACGGAGGGGGAGUUCCUGUCGCAGCAAGUGGCAGAAGCUGGGGGGACCCCGAGGCGCCCGCUGGGUACCCGCUUGCGCCGUGCCCCGGCUGACCCGUGCCAGCUCUGGAGCCUGACCCUGCCCGUGGCCGAGCUGGGCCUGGGUUACGCCUCAGAGGAGAAGGUCAUCUUCCGUUACUGCGCCGGCAGCUGCCCGCGCGGCGCCCGCACCCAGCACGGCCUCACGCUGGCAUGGCUGCAGGGCCAGGGUCGAGCCCACGGGGCGCCCUGCUGCCGGCCCACCCGCUACGCCGACGUGGCCUUCCUGGAUGAUCGCCUCCGUUGGCAGCGGCUGCCCCAGCUCUCGGCGGCCGCCUGUGGCUGUGGCUAA